AUGUUCACCAUCUUGAAGAAGUCUCCUGCCUUCGAGCCCAGAGAAAGAGUCGGAGUUCUAGUCAUCGGCGCCAAUGGCUACCUUGCUUCGCAUAUUCUCGACCUGCUUCUGUCCCCUAGGGCUUCGGAUCCGUCUCAUAGUGCAGACGCAGAAAAGGUUAUCAAUGGUGUUCUCAAAACCACUCAAUCUGUCCUAGAAGCAGCUGCUGAGAAGAAGUCUGUUAAGAGGUUCAACCCUACUUCAUCUUCCAAUGCAGUUCCUCUUCCGAAAUGUGACGUGGAGGGUAUAAUCAUUGACGAGAAUACUCCUGCUCCCUAUAAAGCUUUCUACGCCUACAGCGCUUUCAAGACAGAAGGUGAACGGUUCGCCUUCAAAUGGGUUAAGGAACAUACUCCUCAUUUCUUUUUAACCUCUGUUGUUCCUAGUUUUAUCGUAACAACUGAGUCAUAA